ACAUGAAGGAGCUCUUGGAUCAUACAACAAACACAAUAUACAGUGAAGCAUCUCCAGACAGUGGAUAUGAGAAUAUUCAGACUGAAGACUGGCAGGAGAUUCGUACGUCACGUCUUUUCUAUACAUCCACUGAGAAGAAAAACUGGACAGAAAGCAGGAAAGACUGUCAGAGGAGAGGAGGAGAUCUGGUGAUAAUAAACAUCAAAGAAAAACAGGAUAUUCUCAGAAGGAUGAAGUUACAUGGAGAUUCCUGGAUUGGUCUUCAAUCAGUAAACAACACAGGGGGACGGGGAGCGAAGAAAUGGAAAUGGCAAUGGGUGGAUGGAUCAGAACUAGAAUAUAAGUUCUGGAAAAAUGGAGUAAGUACAACGGCUGAGGCUGGGUCCAAAGCAUAUAUUGAUCAGCAGUUUCUUUGGAUGCACAGCAAAACUGAAUUAAAACACUGGAUCUGCGAGAAAAUAAAUAUUUCACAUACUGGUGUCAUUCACACUUAACAUGCAACUCUGAGAUGUAAUGAUUUUGAAUUGU